GGGGGGAACCGGCCCGGGUGGCGGCGGCGGCGGCGCCCACCAACGGCAUCGUCAUGUGGCUGGGCCCCGAGGAGGUGCUGCUGGCUAACGCGCUCUGGGUCACCGAGCGGGCCAACCCCUUCUUCCUCCUGCAGAGGCGGCGGGGCCACGGCAAGGGGGGCGGCCUGACGGGACUGCUUGUGGGAACCCUGGAUGUGGUUUUGGACUCCAGUGCUAGGGUUGCACCUUACAGGAUUUUGCACCAGACACAGGAUUCCCAAAUCUAUUGGGCAGUGGCAUGUGGUUCAACUCGGAAGGAAAUCACAACACACUGGGAAUGGCUAGAAAAUAACUUGCUUCAGACUCUUGCCAUCUUUGACAAUGAAGAAGAUAUCACUACCUUUGUCAAGGGCAAGAUACAUGGCAUUAUUGCAGAAGAGAAUAAGAAUCAGCAACCGCAGGGGGAAGAAGACCCUGGCAAAUUUAAGGAAGCAGAACUAAAGAUGCGUAAACAAUUUGGAAUGCCUGAAGUAGAGAAACUAGUCAAUUACUACUCCUGCAGCUACUGGAAAGGACGUGUUCCCAGGCAAGGAUGGCUGUAUCUAACUGUUAAUCACCUUUGUUUCUAUUCCUUCCUUUUGGGCAAAGAAGUGACCUUAAUAGUCCAGUGGGUAGAUAUAACGCAGCUGGAGAAGAACGCCACCCUCCUGUUCCCUGAAUGCAUCAAAGUGAGUACCAGGGACAGUGAGCUGUACUUUUCUAUGUUCCUCAACAUCAAUGAGACCUUCAAGUUAAUGGAGCAGCUGGCUAACAUUGCCAUGCGGCAACUAUUCGACAAUAAAGGGUUCACUGAGGACAUGCUGCUCCCCAAGCCCAGCAAGCCUCUCAAGAAUAUCUCAGCCCUCAAAAGAGAUCUGGAUGCUCGAGCCAAAAAUGAGUGGUACCGUGCUACUUUUCGACUGCCUAAGGAUGAACGUCUUGAUGGGCACACAGACUGUACUUUGUGGACUCCCUUCAACAAAAUCCACAUCCUUGGGCAGAUGUUUGUUUCCAACAACUAUAUCUGUUUUGCUAGCAAGGCAGAGGAAGCUUGUCAUCUUAUCAUACCACUCAGGGAGGUCACAAUUGUUGAGAAAGCUGACAGUUCCAGUGUCCUGCCUAGCCCACUCUCCAUCAGCACCAAAAGUAAAAUGACCUUCCUUUUUGCCAACCUGAAAGACCGAGAUUUCUUGGUACAGCGAAUCUCUGACUUCCUGCAGAAAACUCCUUCAAAGCAAACCUGUAACAAUGGCAGAGAGCGGAAGAAGAGUGUUGGUGACCGUGCUGCACAGGAGGAAAUUCCAGAGCUAUCUCCCAGCAGCCCACUUGCACUUAGUCCUGCCUCUCCUCUCAACAAUCAACUGGCCAAUUUUUGCACAGAUGAGGUUCCAACAGCAUCCCAGGGAUUGCUUAAACUGUUUGUGCCCAACUGUGAUGAACUCACUGGACAUAGAGGGGCAAAAGAGACAAUGAAAGAGGAAUCAUGGAACAUUCAUUUCUUUGAAUAUGGGAGGGGAAUGUGUAUGUAUCGCACGGCCAAGACCCGUGAACUAGUACUAAAAGGGAUUCCAGAGAAUCUUCGUGGAGAGUUAUGGCUCCUAUUUUCAGGAGCUUGGAACGAGAUGGCCACUCACCCUGGGUACUACACGGACUUGGUGGACCAGUCAGUGGGAAAGUAUAGCCUUGCCACAGAGGAAAUUGAAAGAGACCUGCAUCGUUCAAUGCCUGAGCACCCUGCCUUUCAGAAUGAGCUAGGGAUUGCUGCACUGAGGAGGGUACUCACAGCGUAUGCUUUUCGGAAUCCCACAAUUGGCUACUGCCAGGCCAUGAACAUUGUGACCUCGGUCCUGCUUCUGUACUGCAAUGAGGAAGAAGCUUUCUGGCUCCUCGUGGCCCUGUGUGAGAGGAUGCUGCCAGAUUACUAUAACACCAGAGUGGUUGGUGCGUUGGUAGACCAGGGCAUCUUUGAGGAGCUAACACGGGACUGUCUUCCCCAGCUGUCUGAGAAGAUGCAGGAUCUGGGAGUCAUUUCCAGUAUAUCACUCUCUUGGUUCCUCACUCUGUUCCUCAGUGUCAUGCCUUUUGAAAGUGCAGUAGUGAUUGUUGACUGUUUCUUCUACGAAGGCAUCAAGGUCAUCUUGCAAGUAUCUCUGGCUAUUCUGGACGCCAACAUGGAGAAGCUGCUAAACUGCUCUGAUGAAGGCGAGGCCAUGACUGUCUUGGGCAGGUACCUGGACAAUGUAGUUAACCGCCAGAGUGUUUUUCCACGUAUUCCCCACCGCCACACCUUAUUGACAAGUGGGGAUGGUCCACCAGUGGAAAUUGAUAUCUUUGAACUUAUAAAAACAGCCUAUGAGAAAUUUGGCCAAUUGAAAGCAGAUGACAUUGAGCAGAUGCGCUUUAAGCAAAGAUUGAAGGUGAUCCAUUCUCUGGAGGACACAGCUAAGAGAAGUGUGGUUCGAGCUGUUUCUGGUGACAUUGGGUUUUCUAUGCAAGAAUUAGAAGACCUUUAUGUAGUAUUUAAGGCAAAACACUUAAUGAGCUGUUACUGGGGAAAUCGCACUGCAGCUGCCCAUCGAGACCAGAGUUUGCCCUACCUAGAACAGUACCGCAUCAACAUAGAACAGUUUAAAGAGUUAUUUGCUUCUCUCACUCCUUUGUCCUGCGGCCUCCACACACCAGUGUUAGCAGAAAGAAUGUUCCGACUUCUGGAUGAGAACAAAGAUGCGCUUAUUAACUUCAAGGAGUUUGCAACCGGAAUGAGUGGGAUGUAUCAUGGUGAUCUGACUGAGAAACUAAAACUACUUUACAAACUGCACCUACCUCCAGCUCUGAACCCAGAGGAAGCAGAGUCUGCUCUGGAGGCUGCAAGUUACUUCACAGAGGAUAAUGCCCCACAAGUAUCUCCUUUUGUCUCAGAACUGGAUCUCUUCCUGCAUUGUGAUUCUCAAGAAGCAGCUAUGCAGGAAGACAAGGCAGCAAGAGAUGGCAACUCCAAAGACCAAGAGGAGAAAGGCACCGGUCCCCAAGAUUACAGAUAUCACCUGCGAAUGUGGGCCAAGGAAAAAGAUUCCAAAAAGGAAACUAUCAAAGAUCUUCCUAAAAUGAGUCAGGAGCAAUUUAUAGAGCUGUGCAAGACCCUUUACAACAUGUUCAGCGAGGACCCUGUGGAGCAAGACCUGUACCACGCCAUUGCCACUGUCGCCAGCCUCCUCCUGCGCAUUGGCGAGGUGGGCAAAAAGUUUAACCACCAACCUGCUAAAAAGGCUGACAACCUGAAAACAAACAGCAUUCAGGACCCAGUAAGUGAAGAAGAGUCUCCAACUUCUGAUCAGAGUCAGAAUUCAACUGUGGAGCAGUAUUCCCAAGCAGCCACAGAAGACAAAGCUUCAGGAGAUAUUCAGGUUGAGAAACACCAACAGGAAAAUCAGAUGUUUGUAGAUGGUGGUGGCGAAGGUCCGGGAUCUCCCACACAGCUGUUUUCAGAUGAUGAAACUAAAGACGAUAUGUCCAUGUCUUCGUAUUCCAUGGUUAGCACAGGUUCCCUGCAAUGUGAAGAUAUUGCAGAUGAUACAGUGCUGGUUGGUUGUGAAGCUGGCAGUUCAGCUGCACGGUAUGGCAGCACCAUUGACACAGACUGGUCCAUCUCCUUUGAACAGAUCUUAGCCUCCAUGCUUACAGAGACAGCCCUGGUAAACUAUUUUGAGAAAAAAGUUGACAUUACGCAGAAGAUCAAGGAACAAAAGAAAGUGGAAAGGCAGUACAGUUCAUCCAGUGAUUAUGAACUUUCCUCAGUGUCAGGCUGAACUCAGGAGAAUAAAGCAAAGUUUGGUUAAUAAGAGGCAGGAAAUCUAGAAACCUGGUGGAUGGGUGGACACAUUCUAUUUUGUUUUGUUUUUUACCAACACCUAUAUCUAUCCAUCAAUUAAAGUAGCUUCAGCUGAGAAAGGGGCUUAUCACAGUGACUCUUCGAUAUAGAUACCUCCCAGGAGGACACCUCCUUGCUGGGUUUACAUUACAUUCUCAAAAGCAUGAAAGCCUAGAAUCUAAUAGCCUCUGUGGCCUAGAAUUACUACAGUAAAUUAUGCAUGUGUGCCUCUGCCUAUCUUUCUUUAACGAAGCUUGAUUUCAGCCACACUAUGCUAUACCUUCAUUCGCUUUAGGUUCCUUGAUAUUGUUCACAAGAAAGCAGCCUAGCUUCAGUUCCUUCCUCUGUGCGUUUGGCUGCGGAGCUCCCUUUGAUGUAACGCAAUUUAUGAAAGUGCUGUAGAGGCCCCCAGCCUGCCUAAAAGACUGCUGUUAGGAACGUAGAUGCUAUGCAGUAACUUGUCAAAUGUUUUAUUCUCUUACUUGUGGCAUCCUACAGUUAGAAUGCACCCAUGCCUUGGGACAGCUGGUUUCUAUCCCAAGUGAUAUAUCAUCACAGUAGCAUGUGGUUUUCAAAAUCUCCAAAGAAAGGUUAAUACUAAUAUAUUUUAGUCCAGUUUUAACUCUUCAGUGCCAUGCUUGUUUUGAAUUUCCCUGAAAGAAAGAAGUACUGAGAAUUGCAACAGCCAUGGAGAUUGCCAUGGUAGUGUGAAUGUCACAAUCUUCAGAAUUGCAAGCCACUGAUAAGGUCGUAUGUCUUUCUGCUUUGAGUAUUAGAUUGCUUCUUUCAUAAUUUUACAUGGUACAAGGCUCUUAGAGAGCCUUAAUAAAUUUGGGAUUUGAAGAAGUUGGUAUUCAUGGGCAAGCCCUGAGCCCAUAUUCCUGUAAGCCAGUUAUCAUAGAAUGGUUGCAUCGCUGGACAGACUGCUUCACUGAUCUUUUCUCACUAAGGUCAGAUCUACAGAUUUGUUGUGUGUGUACUAGAACCAAGCCAGACCUCCAUAGGUAAUGCAGGUGUGGACAUGGUUUAUGUCUGCUUAGACUUUAGUCCUGUUUACCUGAACCAACUAACCUACUGCCUACAUGGUGGUCUAGAUGUUGCACUCCAUACCGAUCAAACCAUUGUACUAUAAUUCAAACAGUUUCUGUAACUUACUUUAGCACUGUGUGAUGUUUUGAUCACCUUGUCCUCUCACGGCAUAGAGUGUACAGUUACGGGACCUGCCUUCUGUGAAUCACUUGUGGACCAGAGGAAAAGUGGAGCUCCAUUUUGGGAUUGGUAGCUUCCCUAUGGGAAGGCAUUCACUCUCAAGAAGCACUAUUUUUGUUUAUAUUUGUAUACAUGCUCAUUACGUAAGUACAUUAUUCAGUCACAUGAGCUUCAUUGAAACUGUGUGAAUGCUAGUGUGUGGCUGUUGCCGGACCAGCAUCGAGUGUGGGUCACAUUGGCAGUUCAGAAAGUGAAAUGUCUGAAGGCCUAGGAUAGAUGUGUACAAGGAAUCCACCACUUGGUGCAAUACCCAGUGUUACUCCAAUUUUGUGGCAUACUCUGUAUGUUUAAGUCUCUGCCUCCUUAGUCUUGCACCUGGAAAGCAGGCAAUAGAAACAUUAGCUUUUACUAAUUCUUCAGUAAUUUAUUGUAAUUUCUUUUCUUUUUUAAAAAAAAUACAAAUACAUGUGAUUUUACAUUGUUUUUGUCUGAUCAAUCACGUACGUAUUCAAUAAAUGAACAGAAUCACA